GGCAAACGGUGGGACCCACCGUUUGCCCGCCUAGCACCACCACCGGUGGGACCCACCGGUGGAAGCAUCAGAUGGAGCGCUUUGCUCAUUGUCUCGUAGCUUGGGAUUCUCGGAGUGCAGGACGACGCUCUGUUUAGUCGUUGUCGUCGAAGUUUGUAACUUCGUUUCGUCUCUGUCUACUAGAAAGUAGACAUCCAACAACUUCAACUUCGACGAUUGGAAACGGCGUCCUCGGACUUUUUCUUGACCAGCGUAGAAUAGUGAAUUUGGCCCCUCGAGAUUCAAGGAAAUGGCCGCAGCGGCAUUUUUGUCGAGAAGUCGCAAGCAAUGGACCUCCGCAGCUUGUUCUCCUCUUCUCCGCUCUCUGUCUACGGCAGUCACGCAGGCUGCUGCCAAAACAUCUUCUGAUGCGAGUAAUGCUGCAGUUCUGCCUCAGAUCCCUCCAUUCAAUUACACGCCUCGUCCCUACGAAGGUCCUCUUGCUGACGAAAUUUUGGCCAAACGCAAGAAGUUUCUCAAUCCGGCUUUGUUUCUCUACUACAAGAAGCAUGUCAACAUCGUGGAGGGUAAGAUGCAGUAUUUGUUCGAUGAAACAGGUAGACGUUAUUUGGAUGCAUUCGCCGGCAUUGUCACAGUUUCAGUUGGACACUGCCAUCCUCAUGUUGUGGACGCCGUGAUACGCCAAAGCAAGUUGCUUCAACACACCACCACCAUCUACCUUCACCAUGCGAUCGCCGAUUACGCCGAAGCACUUGUGAAAAAAAUGCCGGGUGACUUAAAGGUCGUAUACUUUGUGAACUCCGGUUCAGAAGCAAAUGACAUGGCGAUGAUGAUGGCACGUCUUUACUCCGGCAGUUUCGAUAUAGUGGCACUGCGAAAUGCAUAUCAUGGGAUGAGUCCUGCUACCAUGGGCCUUACUGCCCACAACACCUGGAAAUAUAACGUUCCACAGGGUUUUGGGGUGCAUCAUGUUUUGAACCCUGACCCUUACAGAGGUCCAUUUGGUGCCGAUGGGAAGAAAUAUGCAGCUGACUUGUCUAAUCUGAUCGAAUCCUCUACCCCUGGACGAAUCGCUGGUUUCUUUGCGGAAACAAUUCAGGGUGUUGGAGGAGCAGUGGAGCUAGCCCCAGGAUAUCUCUCCGCUGCAUAUGAUAUCGUGAGAAAGGCUGGAGGUGUUUGUGUUGCUGAUGAGGUUCAAACAGGAUUUGGUCGAACGGGAAGUCAUUUUUGGGGUUUUGAGACUCAGGGCGUUAUACCUGAUAUCGUAACAUUAGCGAAGGGAAUUGGUAAUGGGCUACCUAUGGCAGCGGUCGUGACGACGCCGGAAAUCGCAUCAGUGAUGAACCAGCGCUUGCAUUUUAAUACCUAUGGAGGUAACCCUGUAUGCUCGGCAGCCGGUCAUGCGGUCCUUGAGGUUUUGGAGAAAGAACAACGCCAACAUCACUGUGCUGUAGUUGGUGAUCAUCUCUUGAAACGUCUCCAUGCUCUUCAAGAAAAACAUGACAUCAUAGGCCAUGUCAGAGGCAGAGGCUUAAUGCUCGGUGUAGAGCUAGUUAGCGAUCGAAUGACAAAGACCCCAGCAAAGGCAGAGACGUUGCAGCUCUUUGAGACCAUUAAAGACCUGGGCGUCCUUGUGGGAAAAGGAGGUCUACAUGGCAAUGUUUUCAGAAUCAAGCCACCGAUGUGCUUUACACUCGAAGAUGCAGAUUUCCUUGUCGACGUCAUGGACCAUGCCAUGUCAAAGCUUUGAGAGAAUAUCUCGCUUGCGAUCACUGGACAAAGUAAUCGGGACUUACAAUGCGCUAUCGGACGAUAUGGAUUCACAGUACUAGCAUAACUGUCAAGCAUCGUAACGGCUUUGUAUCUUCGCAGAAUGUACAUUCAUCUUCACGAUUGGCUCCCAGCUCUUUAUCAUUUUCAUUCUUCUGAUCUCCUUCAAGUUGAACUGGCAUGAACUUGGAAAAAUAGGUUUUGGAAGGGGAUCUUGCCGAAUGGAGAACCGAUCAUUUCCUAGAGAGGGUUUUUGAUACCCAAAGGUGCAAACUCGAGCUCGCACGUCGAAUCCUUGGAACUUUUAUUGACGAAAUCUCUCUUUUCUUCGAAGCUCACUUAUAAACCGUGUGGGCAAUGGCUAGGUGAUGGACGGGAUGAGAAUAGUGUUGACCUGUCGAAGACUCAUAGGUUGUUAAUAUGACUGUACAAUAUGUAAUAAAUCCUCCACUUUUCGAUAGAAUUUUGUACUAGAAUGGUAUUUUAGUACAUUGAUUGAGAUUGGUACAUACCUCCCAACCUGCUCUUUGAUAGUAGAUCUAGAGGUGGCGGCAGGAGAUCUAAAAAAAGAUUUUGAAUAUACAC